AUGGAAUACCAUCACACGCAUCCAGGCGCCACCGCCUACUUCCCUGGCGCGCAGCCAUAUCAGUUCAUAGGCAUGCCGCCAUUGACGCCAUCGCAUUCCAACUCGGGCCCUUCAGAAGAUUUCAACUCCACGCCUCCGGAGCUUUACACCGAUUACAACCCCCACGAACAGCAGUUCCAGACCUUUGAGAGCUACGCGCCGGCUCCGUUCCCUCAAGUGCCGAACACUGAUCCGCAACAGCAACCGCCGCAGCGUCACCCACAGCAGACCUUCCCUGCGCCACCCACGCCGCCUAAUGCUGCCGCCAUCCACGGUCAUGCACAUGCUGCUCAAAUCCUCAACGGCGGCCCCGGCGGUAUGGUCGUCUCCCCACCACUUCAGGGACCCAAAGAGGAGUUUACAGAGCAGCAACGAGCACCUCAACUGGCUCCGAAGACAUCGAGCAACACCGCUGGUGCUGGUUCCAAUAGUGCCGAGGAGGAGGAAUCCGGCCUUGGCACAAACAAGAGGAAGGCACAAAACAGAGCUGCCCAACGAGCGUUCCGAGAACGCAAAGAACGUCACGUCAAGGACCUCGAGGCCAAACUGGCCGACCUAGAGGCGGCGCAGCAGCAAGCCGCUACGGAAAACGAGAAGCUGAAGCGGGACCUGCAGAAGAUCAGUACCGAGAACGAGAUAUUGCGAGCGACGACAUCUCACUCCGGAGGCGCGGGUGGCUCUCCAUCUCACAGCCACGGCUCGCCGCCCUUGGAGACGGGCCCUAUGAGGUACAACCCAACCGACUUCUACAGCGACGUGCUAGCUGGGCAUGACAACAAGACCUUUUCGCACCGGAUCUCGCUCAGUAGCGACGGUGAGAGGCUGUACGAUGCGGGAGCCACGUGGGAUCUUAUUGUAAACCACGACCUGUACAAGCAGGGCCUUGUCGACGUCGCCGAAAUCAGCAACAGUCUUAAGGGACUGGCCAAGUGCGACGGACAGGGACCCGUGUUCAAGGAGAGCGACAUUAUCGCCGCAAUCGAGCGGAGCGUUGCGAACGGAAGCGACACGCUGAUAUAA